AAAGGUACUGUAUUCCUCGUUAUCUUUUUCCAGUGCAUACAUUUAAGUCAGGUUCAUCAAUUAUAUAUCAUUUAAUUCUAAAAAAUGCUAACCUUUGCAAAAUGUUUUGAAUGGAGCAUGUCUGACAGCCGGCAUUUUUGGUCAAUACCGCACUUUGUUCUUUUCAAAAUCAAUUGGAAGGAUGGUUAAUAAUUAUUUGUAAACAUAGUGUACAUGUAUGUUGUUCCAGUAUUACUCAUAUCAAGACAAGAUAUGUUUUGGUCAUUGGAAUCUCUUAUAAUUAGUGAUUAAAAAGAUGGAUGCAUUCGUACAUGUAAAUGCGGUUAUAAAUAUUUACUCUAUUUUUUUUUUUACUUUUAAUCAAUAAAUUGUAUCAAUGCUAAAAAUAAUUAUACAAAUUUUCAAAUUGCAUGUGUAUCAAAUUUUAUUUCGGAGUAGUGUAUUACAAACGAUUUUAAGGUCAUAUAAGAGGAGGAGCAACAAAAUCGAUAGAAUUAAUAAUAAUCAGUCAGUAGAGGUUAAAAAUAUAUUUUUUUAAUUUCUUGUUUUUCAUUUAUGUAUUUUAAACAUACUAUUCUGCUCUAAUAUUUUUCAUCAUUGUAAUAUAACAAUGUUUUUAAUCUUUAAGAUUUCAGAAAGGAUGGGAAGCAUCAUAAUAAUUGUGUUAAUUGUGGCGAUCCAACUUGUUUCUGGGCACAAUUCGUUUUUAAAAUAUUUGAAAACACAGGCGAGCAAUAUGGAGAAAGGAUUAGACUCGGUCAUCAAAGGAGGUGAAUAUGGUCAUGCUGGUCAGGGCAGUGUUACAUUUUCGGCUUACCAGUCAACAUCCAAAAGUUACAAGCAACACGAGACAUGGAUCUAUGACACAGUUCUAGUGAACGAUGGUAAUGCAUACAACAAAGCAACAGGAACCUUUACAGCGCCUUCUGGUGGCGUAUAUGUGUUUACCUGGGCAACAUUGACUGCGCCGGGUAAAGCAGCCCAUCCUUACCUGAGAGUUAAUGGUAAUUAUAAAGGAUGGACUGCAUUUAACAAUAAGCACACUUCACAGCAAGUCUGGAGUAGCGGUUCGAACACGAUAGUUGUCCGUCUGAAGAAAGGAGACAAGGUUAAUGUGGCUUCCGGGUAUCUUGCUGCUUAUGCAAGAGAAAAAUUUUCUUCAUUUUCUGGAUGGAAGAUUUAAUGAAUUUUCUCUUCAAAGAGAAUAAAUGUGUGUCGAAUAUAAGAGU